ACUUUAGGCCAAAAAACUAUUGAAGAAAAACUUCAUACUUCUUAGUAUUUAUGAAUAUGAUUAUAAAUUAUUUACAUAUGGCGCUAAUAUUUUUAACUAAUGAAUUUCAAAUCAGGUUUUGUUCUAUCGCGUCGAUUCCGCAUCUGGGUAAAUCAUAGCCGAAGAAAGAGAUGCCGCGUGUCGAGUCUAGGCGCGCGGUUAUGUUUAUGUGGAACAGCUGAUUGAGCUUUGCGUUCCUUAUUUUUCUAUCAAUCCCUUUAUCGGGAUGGAUAUAUUAUUAAAGAUAUGUCAAGUCAUUGCGAUAUCGCUCCCGCUAAUUGCCAUUUUAACUGACUCCAAUGUUAGAUAGCCAUUGCAGCGCUGUUGACUCGUAAUUGAUAAUUGUCGAUAAUGCUGCACGUACACAGAUAAGACCCGUUAUUUAUCAAAUUUUGUUGACUCGCUGACACGAAUAUGCUGCGACGUGACAAAGGAAUUCUUAAACAAUUCUGCAACUGCAAAAUCCUGCGGGAUAGCAGGAUUCAGACGGAGGAUUUAUGGGUGCGAGACGGGAGAAUCAUAAAUCCGGAGAAAAUCUUUUUUGACGAGAAAAUUAAGCCAGAUGUUAAAAUAGAUUGCAACGGUGCUCUAAUCUCACCAGGAUACAUAGAUGUACAAAUUAACGGUGGAUUUGGCAUAGACUUCUCCUUCAAUGUCGACAAGGUAGAAGAAAGCAUUGAUAAAGUGGCAAAGGGAUUGCUAGCACACGGAGUAACAUCUUUUUGUCCUACCUUAGUAACAUCCCCGAGUGAAAUAUAUCACAAAGUGUUACCGAGAAUAAAAAAGCAAAAUGGUGGUGACCAUGGUGCUUCUGUACUAGGUGUUCAUGUAGAAGGACCAUUUAUUAGCCCAAAGAAGAAAGGUGCCCAUCCAGAGAAAUAUAUUAAAAAUUUUGAUCAGGGAUUUAAAUCAGUUACCGAUAUGUACGGUGAUCUGGAUAAUGUAUGUUUGCUCACAUUAGCACCUGAAAUUCCAAAUGCUAUAUCUAUUAUUGAGGAAUUAUGUAGAAGAAAUAUCAAAGUAUCUCUUGGACAUUCUAUAGCGAAUUUAAGUGAGGGAGAACAGGCAGUUGAACAUGGAGCGUCAUUUAUUACUCAUUUAUUCAAUGCUAUGUUACCUUUUCAUCAUAGAGAUCCAGGAUUAGUUGGUCUCUUAACGUCAGAUCAAAUUCCACCUGGAAAAAUUAUUCAUUUUGGCAUAAUCUCUGAUGGGAUUCACACUCAUCCAGCAGCGUUGCGAAUCGCUCAUAGAACACAUCCUGAAGGUCUCGUACUUGUAACAGACGCGAUAUCAGCGUUGGGUUUGGAGGAGGGAAUCCAUCAACUAGGACAGUUUAAGAUAGAGAUACGUAAAGGAUGUGCAUAUAUCAUUGGAACCGACACUCUGUGUGGCAGCAUAACCGAGAUGUCCAAGUGUGUGAGAUACUUUAAAGAUGCUACAGGUUGUACGAUAGUCGAAGCCUUGGAAGCGGCGACUUUGCAUCCUGCAAGAUGCCUCGGUAUCGAUUCCUACAAAGGUAUUCUUAAUUUUGGAGCCGAUGCCGAUUUUAUAUUAUUAGACGAGAAGUUGGAGCUCCUAUCGACAUGGAUUUCGGGAAAAUGCGUUUAUGAGAAGAUUCCUGGCAGUGCAAAACAACUGGAAGUGUAAACGUAAGUAGAUGUCCUAAUACAAAUCAGAAUUCAGUUGUAUAAAACUGGAUAUAAUUUGGCCACUGUAUAUCGACAAUGACAGGCCUGCAAUGUUAUAAUGAAAAAGCCUUAAACUUACUUUAGACUUAGCUUUUGUACAUUACACUGAGAUUUUUAUAUAUUUAUACUUGUAGUUUUGCAAGUAAAUAAAAAUAGA